AUGGAGGAGUUGAAGAGCGAUCUGAUCCGAUCGCAAAGUACUGUUAUCAAGCUGCAGGCUGAACUUCUGGAAACUAAAUCGAAGCAGUUGGAAUCCGUGUACUCCAACGUCAAGACCGCCGUUCAAGACACUGUCCAAGCUGAGAUGAACUCAUACAGUCAAGCUGUGACUAAAAAUGCACCUGUGCUUGCAGAAGAGAGUUUAAAAAAGGUUGUACAGAAUGCUGUAUCGGAAGAGGAUCGCAGUAGGAAUGUGCUCAUCUUUGGUUUGAAGGAGACUGAUGAAGAGGAACUGUGCAAUAAAGUUACCGUGAUUUUUCAGCAGAUUGAAGAAAAACCACGUUUUGAAGCUAUCUGGGUUGGGAGAAAAUCAGCCAACAAGACGAGACCAGUCAAAGUUUCGCUAGUUAAGCCUAUUACUCACGGAUCACGAGUCACUGAAAGAAUGAGCUUGACAUUUAAGGACGGGACGGUUCUGGAUUUCCAGAACCAGAGUGCACUUUUUGAGUACAUUAGGGUAACAGCAGACACUGUUAGUACUGCUUACUCCAUGGACACCUUCUGGAUCAUCAUCUGCGCUGGAAUGGUCUUCCUUAUGCAGAUGGGAUUUGCUUUGGUGGAGGUUGGCACUGUCAGAAUAAAGAACACUAAGAGCAUUCUGGUAAAGAACUUGCUCGAUGCUUGUAUUGGAGCUCUCUCUUUCUGGCUUAUUGGUUACGCUCUGGCUUUUGGAGACACCACUUCCGGAUUCAUAGGAACGAACGGUUUUGCAUUGAAAACUUUGGACAUGCGACGAGGAGGGGAGUUCAAUGACAGACCUUACCAAGGAAAGAAAUACGCUAUUUUCCUCUUCCAGUGGGCAUUUGCUGCCACAGCAGCUACUAUAGUUUCUGGAGCUGUUGCAGAGAGGUGUAAAGUAACUGCUUACUUUGUUUACUCCUUUGUACUAACUGUGUUCGUCUACCCUGUAGUAGUACACUGGGGAUGGUCAGACAACGGUUGGGCCUCAGCGUUUUCCAAAGAAGACAGACUGUUCGGGGUGGGAGUUAUAGACUUUGCUGGAAGUUCUGUUGUCCACAUGGUCGGAGGACUGACCGCUCUGAUUGGUGCUAUCUUCCUGGGACCUCGUUACGGUAAAUUUGUUGAGGGUAAAGCUCAAACCAUGGUCUUCCAAUCUUCUACUUUUCAGACUCUGGGGACGCUAGUUUUAUGGUUCGGAUGGUAUGGGUUUAACUGUGGCAGUACCCUCAGCGUAGCUGGUGCUGCAUCAGAUGUUGCUGGUAAAGUUGCUGUUACAACUACCAUCGGAGCUGCCAGUGCCGGUAUAACAGCAACUAUUAUUGGGGCUAUUUUCGAGGGACAUAUCAAUAUUGGCAGAACAAAUAAUGGAAUUUUAGCGGGACUGGUGAGCAUUACAGCUGGUUGCUCUGUGGUAGAUGUAGAAAUGGCAUUUCUUAUCGGAGUUAUCGGCGCCAUCGUCUAUUACUCUGCUUCAAAGCUGUUAACAUGUCUACACAUUGAUGACGUAGUGGACGCCUCCCCAGUUCACUUGUUCUGUGGAAUGUGGGGUACCAUAGCUGCAGGGUUGUUUGCAAAGCCAGAGAAUGUGGAAAUGGCGUAUGGUACUGGCAGUUGUGGUCUUUUCUAUAAGUGCGAUGGAAAUGGAGGCAAACAGUUUGGAGCAAAUUUAGUGUUUAUCCUCGCAGUUAUUGCAUGGGUCGGCAUUUUCGCUAUCAUCAUCUUCAGCAUCCUGCAAAUACUGAACAUGUUACGGGUAUCGGAAGAUACGGAGAAAAUGGGUAUAGAUGAAAAGGAGCACGGUGGGGCCGAGUACCAGGUGACGAGGAAAUCUCGUUUCGGUGGGGUGAUCUACAACUUCUCGACUGCAGAGGUUGUAGCGAAUAAAACAGCUAGCAAUGACGUGUAGAACAAUAUCACGUGGUAUCAUACUCGUAGUCGAAUAUUCUUAUAUUGUAUAUUGUUCUUACUGUAUCUUGUUCUUUUUUAUUCUUUUAUUACUAGUGGUAGGUUCUAAUUGUUGAUUUUGUUGCAAGAUAAAUUCUGCCGGCAGAAUUAUUACUUUACUAGUUUGGCUUCAUUUUAUUUCAUCUCAAUAAUAUUUUUCUAAUUAAGGUUUUGUUUUUAAAAAUCUCAAAGUCAAAAUUACAAGAUAAAGACUAUUAUGUGUUUAAGUUUUUUGAUUUUGGUGAUGUACAUUUCAAUAAAAUUACUUUUGACAUUUACUUUUGACAUUUACUUUUGACAUUUACUUUUGACAUUUACUUUUGACAUUUACUUUUGACAUUUACUUUUGACAUUUACUUUUGACAUUUACUUUUGACAUUUACUUUUGACAUUUACUUUUGACAUUUACUUUUGACAUUUACUUUUGACAUUUACUUUUGACAUUUACUUUUGACAUUUACUUUUGACAUUU